CCGUGUCCAAGAUUGUGUCAUCUCAGAAAGUUGCCGAACUUCACGGGGUAUGGAUUCAAUUUGCACGCUGAGAAGGGCAAGACUGGCCACUACAUUGGCAAGGUCGACAUUGGAUCCCCUGCAGAGUUUGCGGGCGUGAAGGACGGCGACAGAAUUGUGGAGGUGAAUGGAGUGAAUCUAUGUGAACGCACAAACAAACAGGUGGUAGAGAGAAUCAAAUCUGACCCGAACGAGACCAUCUUCCUGGUGGUCGAUCCGGAGACGGAC